CAUCUUAUGAUUUCUGCAUUUUGCUUUCGACAUCUCCCUCCUUCACAGUUUCAGUCGUAGAGAUUGUUAACACGGUGCGAGAAAGCACAAAAGUUUUACAUGAGCUCAGUGAAUACAUCCUUCCUAGUAUUUUCCAUGGGAGCAUCACAAUGAACUGGUUAAUCACAACUACAGUAUUCUUGUCAGUGUUAAAAGCUGGACUUUGUUUUAAUAUCGAUCCUGUGGCUUGGCAGUCGUUAACUAAUAAUGCUGCAGGUUUUGGAUACCAGGUGGUGCAGAGACAAUCAGACUUGCUGGUCAGUGCUCCUCUUGCACCAUAUUCACAGAAUGGAAGGGGGCAGAUCUAUAAGUGCACCACCACAUCCUGCGACCAACUAGCUAUUUCACUGCCAGGUUUUGCCGUCAACAUGUCCCUUGGUUUGACCAUGACAAUUGAUCCAACCACACAAAAUACUAUGGCAUGCGGUCCAACCAUCCCAAAGGACUGCAAAAGUAUCACCAUGUACAGCGGUCUGUGCUUUCAGAUAGACCGUUUGAAUAGAGUUGGACCUCCUGUACCUUCAUCUCUUGAUGAGUGUCGGUCCGAAGCAGACAUUGCAUUUCUGUUGGAUGGCUCAGGCAGUGUAAGUAGAGAAGAUUUUGGGAAAAUGAAGGAUUUCGUGAAAAAUCUGGUCAACUCAUUCCAGGGAAAAGAUACAAAGUUUGCCAUUACCCAGUUUUCCUCUCAACCCCAUGUCCAUUAUUACUUUAAUACAUUUGAUAUUCAUAAUUGGCGAAAUCAAAUUGAUAGAAUAAGCCAGUUAAUGGGAGCAACUUUCACAGCUCGUGCCAUCAAACAUGUUGUCAAUAACGUCUUCAACCCAAAUGCAGGUUCCAGGUCAAAUGUGAAGAAGGUGUUGAUAGUCAUUACAGAUGGAGAAUCUAAUGACCGAAACGAGUUGAACAAUGCAGCAAAUUCAGCUCAAGGCAAAAACAUUGUUCGGUUUGCUAUUGGGGUGGGGGGUGCAUUUUCUAACAGCGAAGCAAAAAGGGAACUGCAAACCAUUGCGUCUAAUCCUCCAGCAAGCCAUGUGUUUCAAGUGGAGAACUUUGAUGCACUUGAACAAAUAAGGCAGAAUUUGCAGGACAAAAUCUUCUCAAUUGAAGGAUCUCAAACAGGUGGAGAGUCACUGAAAAUGGAAAUGUCUCAACAAGGAUUCAGUGCAGCUUAUGUGCCUGGGGGAUUUCUGAUGGCUAUUGUUGGCGCCAACCAAUGGAAGGGAGGCUACCUGCAAUACACAAGCGAUGGCUCGAAGACCAGCUCUUUUGAGCCUGUAAAUAUGGAGCCUGACAGUUAUCUGGGUUACUCCAUGGCAGUUGCUAAAACGAACGGAGAACCGUUGAUAAUUGUUGGUGCUCCAAGAUAUCAACACAGAGGAAUUGUGAUGACCGUUUACAGAAACAGCUUGCGCCAAAAAAUUGAUCCCCAUGAAUGGCAGUUUCAGAGCGGUGAAUAUUUUGGUGCAGAGGUUUGUGCCAUGGAUGUAGAUCUUGACACCAACACUGACCUGGUCCUCAUAUCUGCCCCUAUGUACGUGGACAGUGAUAGAGAGGGAAGAGUUUACGUUUGUGGCUUAACGUUAACUAAUUUGAAUGUCGACUGUCACUUAGAUUCUCCAUCAAUACUGAGAGGGGAUGCAUCCGACAAAGGAAGGUUUGGGUCUUCUCUUGCUGUACUUCCUGAUCUAAACACAGAUGGUUUCAAUGAUCUGGCCGUUGGAGCACCUCUGGAAAAUGAUGGUCAAGGCAGCAUCUACAUAUUCCACGGCGAAGGAGGAAGAAGAAUGAGUCUUGCUUACUCACAGAGAAUUGCAGGCUCUGAAGUCAAGUCAGGACUGAAGUUCUUCGGUAUGUCGAUCAGUAAGGCAUCCUUUGACCAUAGUAGGGACGGCCUACCUGACUUAGCGGUGGGUUCAAAGGGCACAGUUGUCUUACUCAGAUCAAAGCCUAUAGUAAUGGUGAAAGCUCUGGUGUCAUUCAACCCGAACCAAAUCCCUACUCAAAUCACAGACUGCACAACACCAUUACAGAACAACGCUCAAAUCUGCUUUGAAAUGACCAGACACUCUACAGUAAUAGAAGCUAAAGCAAAGAUUAACUAUACGUUAACGCUGGAUGCCACUCGCAAGGCUCCAAACAACCGUGCGUACAUCAGUGAGAAACAACGAGUGAUGACUGGAUCAAUUGAUCUUGAUCUUCAACAGCAACAAUGUGUUAGUGUGAAAUUCUUUGUUGAGGCUUGCCCGGAAGAUGCUCUCAAUUCACUUUACAAUGAACUCAGAUUCACCUUUGACGGUUUGCCUUCAACCAACAAUCUCAGGCCAAGUCUUGCCCUGCAGGCUCAGACAACAUCCAUUCAUCCUUUAGGGUUUGAAAUCAACUGCGGUGAAGACAGCAAAUGUGUAGACAACCUGAAACUGGAUUUCAACUUUACUAAAUCGUUAGAGGUUAAAGUGGGCAUUGAUGAACUGUUGAAUGUCACCGUCUCAGUGGAGAACACAGAAGAAAACUCCUACAACAGCCACGUCAUCCUCACAUAUCCAGCUGGAAUCUCCUUUAGGAAGUUUGCAAGUCUAAAGGGAAGAAUUGAGUGCAACUCCUUGGACAGUGAAGAUGGCUCAUCACGAGGAAAGACAGACUGCACUGUUGACAAGCCUAUUUUCAAGAGCAAUUCUAAGGCUUCCUUUAUUGUCUCCUAUGGGAUUGAGACCAAUAGUCAACUUGACGAGAGGAUUUUUGUCACUGCAAAUGCUACCAGCGGGAAUCAGGAGCACUCUGUAUCAAGCCAACUCUACAAAAUGAAAUGGAUUGAUGUGAAGUACAGCAUUUUCGUUACAACUGAAAGUUCCCUCAGCUACACCAAUUUCACUUAUGGAAAGAAUGAUUUGCAGAAACCAGUUCAACAAUCAAUUGUGGUUACAAAUGAUAUCAGAGCACUGAAUUUGACUGUGGUGAUCAAGGUGCCAGUAAAGCUUGGUGACAAAGACAUCUGGGUGGAUUCAAGCAGUUUGCAGUUUCCAGACUGCCAAGUAGGCAAAGAUGAAGAACCUCGUGUCAUGGAUUUUGUUGCUGAGAUACAGAAAAAAAAGUUAGUGGAUUGCUCUGUAGCCAGGUGCAGAGUGUUCAAGUGCACCAGGUUCAUGGGAAGACUGGAGCAAAAAACUUACAAAAUCUCAGCUAACCUUAGUUCUGGAUGGAUAGAGCAGAUUGGACUUAAAUCCGCCAAAUUCAUCCUGACCAGCACAGCCAGUCUGGAGUACGACAGAAAACGGUUCAUCUUCUAUUCAACAGGGUCCAGUAACGAACCUCCUGUUCGCAAGAUUGAGGCAGAGGUAGAAGUGUAUCCUGAACACGACUUCACCAAAGAGAUUGUCGGAGGAUCCCUGGGAGGGUUGGCUCUACUGGCUUUACUCACUGCUGGCCUGUAUAAGGCUGGAUUUUUCAAGAGUAAAUACAAGGAGAUGAUCAAUGAAGCAGGUAAAGGGGCUGAUGGAGUCGAAUCCACACCAGAUGCACAAGCAUAAAAUCAGCUGAUGUCCUACAGACCCAUUUUCCAGAUCCAGAACAUUCAUACUAUUAGUCUGCUGAUUGUAGCUGACUGCAAAACAACAGAACUGGUCCAACAUCUACAGUGGUGCUGUUAUCUCUAAUUAGUUCAUCCAUAUCUCUCAGAGUUGAAGAAAUCUGAACUGGAAACGAUUUAACAUCCUGCCAUUUAGAGGAAUGUACUUAAUUUGUAUCCAUUCCAUCAAAUUUACUCCCUUGCUCACUUGUUCACUGUUUCCUAUGAUAGAGGUUCCUAAUUUGGGGGUUGGGACCCCAACAAGGGGUCACAAAAUGACUUGAAGGUGUCACAAAUUAGGAAGUAAUAGUAGGUGCAUAGUUUAGCCUCUUCAGUCCCCUAAAUAUUAUUUAAAAAGUAUGAGGAGGGGAAAUCGAAUUAACGCUCAGAUGUGCACCCCAUAAAAAAGUGCUCACAAUCAGAACCACUGUCCUAUGUUAUGCUGACUUAAUAAUUUAUUUCAUAGUGAGCAGUAAAUUGAGCAUAAAUUUCACUCAAAAUGUGGACACUCAAAUAAAAUGGUCAUGGAAAAUAUAGUGCUUUAUAUAUAGAGAGGGAGUUUUCAAGAGGCCAUUUUCUUUCUACAGUGAAACAUUUCUGCAUUUAAAUGUCUGCAAACUGUGUAUAUUCAUUUAGACCAUUUGUUAUAUUGUGAAAAAAAGUUUAUAUACAUAAAUAUAUAUAUCAGCUAUAUUCAGGUUGUCGUCACAUAUUGUACUGUAAAACUGCUGAAUUAUAAUGUAUGUAUGCUUGGGAUGCUCACUUGCUAAAAACAUAUUUGAUUCAACUUUUAUUGACAAUGUGAAUUGCUUGCUUAAAUGGUAAAAUGUGCAAUAUCGGCAUUCUGAAUUUACAUAGAGACAAUAAAAAGAGAUUUUAUGCUUCAUCAAUA